AUGGGGCGCGACUUUGUUCGUGAAGGUGUCCGUGCUAUGAUGGCACAAGUAUCCUCAAGUAUCGGCGAAAAUAUUACAGAUUUUCAGAUGGAACUCAAUUAUUUACAAGUUUUCGCCAAUAAAUACAAUCUCCUUUUAAGUAUUCUAAUUUUCGAUCAAGAUAGAAAGGAAAUAAAGACAAUCAAUGGUGCAACCGAUUCACGGGAACAACCGAGAUGUACCUUUAUCGUUCUUGGUAAAGAUCGUCGACACUAUUUUCCACUAUCCAUAAUGAAUAAGAAUAAUCGGGAGUGUACACUCUUUGACAGAAAUGAUGAUUAUCUUUCUGCUCGAUGGAAGGAAUUCAUUCAAUGUUUCAAUCAAUCGGAAUUCAUGAAUUCUGAACAAGUAUCUAUACUGGCAAGCAAUAAUAUUGACAGUUCUGUUUUCAACACCGAAAAGACUAUUGCCGACGGAAUGGAAAUGCAGGAUCAAGUUGGUGAAAUUGUCGCGGCACCAGAAAAACUGGCCAUGCCAGUUGAUUCGUCGAUCGACAGCGACAUGCUGCUUUCUGAUUGUUCAAAUGAUCCAAUAUUGCAUACGAACACACCUAGAAAAACCGAAGAGAUAUAUGAAUUUUGUGUAAGAGACGUUGAAAAAGAUGGUUCAUGUUUGUUCAGGUCAGUUGGACUUGCCCUUGGUAUGGAAGAAAUAUCGAAUGAUGAUCUACGCAGUGCAGUAAUCGGCCAAAUUCAUCAAUCUAAGGAACUCAAAGACGCUAUUCGUAAUGCCAAUCCUAAUGUAACCUGUGAUCAGUAUUGUGAUAGGAUCAAAAAGUCAACUACUUGGGGAGAUGAAAUUGAAAUUCGUGCUAUGGCUUUACUCUAUAAAAAAAUAAUUUGUGUGGUUGAUGUUACUGACGAUAGCGGUGAUGUCUCUGCAGCAUUUUACCCUUAUGGUGUGGAUCUUCCAAAUAUGACACAGUGUAUUUACCUUCGUUACAUUGGAAAAAGUCAUUAUGAUCUUUUGUAUCUCAAGAAGAAAGAUGAUACAAAUUAUAAAGAAACGAUUUUCGGUCGUGAAGAUACUGAUAUACAAGAGCUUCUACAAUCGAGAAAAUCUUCAAAUUCUACAAAUAAUAGUACUACAACGAACGUCGCUUAUUAUCGUGGCAAUGCAACACCAAUAGAGUUUAGAUAUAAAGCACCAAAAAUAAUUAUAGGUCCACAAGAAAAACAACGCGGUCGUCAAAUCAAAGAACUACUUUCAGCAUGCUUACAAGGUGCUCAAGGUGAAAAACGCAGACACAAGCCUAUGAAGUUGAAUAUUGAUGAAAUUCCAAAAGAUGAAGAAGUUUAUCUUGGCAUUGAAGUUCUCACGCAUGAUAACAAACCUCAUCCUUCUAAAAUUAUCCUUCCAAUGGACACAGAGUUAGAUAUCCCUGAUAAUAAAGUCUUUUCAAAAAAUACCGCCAACAAACUGGACUACAUUAAAUUCAAUGACAAAAACUUGACAUGUCACUUUGAUCCGGACACAAAAUGUAUUUACUGGAAGGUUGAUAAACCUGGUUCACUAGAUAUAUCAAUUCGUAUGGUGAAAUUAUAUCAAAGUGAAGAUAAUGGUAUCAAUAAGAACCUUAUUCGAAAAAAAAAAUUAUAUCUAAGCAAAUUAGCUUUCUGGAUGUGCAAGUUAGAAAAUGGAGGUUAUGUCGAUAUUUCUGCCACGACACUUUCUAAUACUAUACAAGAACCAUCGACUGAUAAUAAAAUCGAUGAAAAAAAUGGCGAGUCUGUCACUAAUGAAAAACAAUUACAUGAAUCCAUUAGCGAUGAGCGUGAAUCCUUCGAAUCCAAUACUGAUCAAUUUAUCAUACAGAAAAAUAUCCACACACUUAAUGGUAGUAAUUGGCUUAAUGAUGAAAUUAUUAAUUUCUAUUUGGCUCUAGUGGCACGUGAAAGUGGACAUGAUGGAUACCCACGUGUUUAUGCAUUUAACUCCUUUUUUUAUGAGAAAUUAAAAAACGAUAAACCAGAGCAUAGUAGUUGGUCAGGAUAUAUGGACACGAUUGAUUUUUUCAAUUAUCAUAUCGUUUUGAUUCCGAUUCAUCUUGAAAAUCAUUGGACUUUGGUUACAAUCGAUUUUUCAUCUCAUUGUAUUAGUUAUUACGAUUCAUUAGGUGGAAAAAACGACAAGUGUCUAGAUUUAAUCCAUAAUUUUGUUGAACAUAUGUACGCCAUGAAGAAACUACAAGCCAGUUGGAUAGUUGGAUAUUGGAAAUCGGUACCACAACAGAAGAAUACAAAUGAUUGUGGCGUGUUUAUAUGUCAAUUUGCGAAGUAUCUUGCUCGACAAUGGCUGAUUAAUCUUACUCAAGAAGAUAUGCCUCGAUUUCGACAACAAAUGAUUAACGAAAUCAAAUCGAAUAAACUAAUUGUUCAAUCUCCUCCGUUAACAAUUAUGCCUAUCUCUUGUUCAAUGUAA